AUGUCGCUCUCGCCUCCAUCGUCGCCCGAAGACCGCCGCUUUGUCUGCCCCAUCGACGGCUGCAACAAGCGCUUCAAGCGCAAGUUUACGCUCCAGGAGCACGAGAAGACCCACACGGGCCGCUUCUGCACGCGCGAGAAGCUCGUGCGCCACCUCAAGACGCACGUCGGCUUGCGGCCGUUCGAGUGCAGCGUCUGCAACAAGGCGUUUACGACGUCGGGCAACCUCGCCCGCCAUGCAAAGUCGCACCCGGAAUUGGGCUAUGGCGACAGCCAGCACGAGGCGCUCUUGUGGGAGCUCCCCGCGCUCCUCGUGCCGACCAAGAAGCGCCGCGUCGCCGAGGAACUGGCGUUGCCCCUCGCGGCAAAGCCUCCGCUGCCGCACUCGACGGCCGAGAUCGCCAUGGCCCUCUCCGACGAGCCCGAGCUCUUCGAGUGGCCAACGUUCUUCCAGCCCUAUGAUGCGGUGCCGGCACCCGCAAUGGUGUGGCCGCAAUACGCCGCCCACGCACUGAGCUUUUAUACCGAGCCGCUCCCGACCACAGUCUACUGUGCGCAAGAUUAUCUCUAUGGUAUUUAG